ACUUAUGUAUACAUGUACAUACAUCUAAACUACUGCAUGCGAUUCUAUUCCAUGUAUACGUAAUACCUCUUAUAAGGUGGAAAUUUAACAAUUGCAAAGAUGAGUGGACCAAAAAUUGAAUCAUUCGAUGUAUCGCAAAAAAUGCGAAAUAUAAUAGAGUGGAGACAUGCCAGAAGAAAACAAUUACGCGAACAAUAUUUAAGAGAAAUUCUUAAACCAACGAAACUAAAACUACCUGUAGACACUGCAAUGCAACGAUAUUGUAAUGCUAGACUUAUGCAAGAAUUUCAAACCAAAGUAGAAGGUAAAGGUCAUGGAUAUUUUAUUGUUGGAUUCUUAACAAUAAUAAUAGGAACAAUGCUAUUAGCCAAAAGGAGCAAGGAUAAAGAAGAACAUAUGUAUCGUACUGGCCAAAUAAGUUAUGUUGAUAGAAACGGAAAGUUUGUUUAAGAUUUCUCUUUCUGAUAGUAUAUUUAUAAAUCAUGUACAUGCAUAUUGUACCAUGUGUAAUACAUUAAACACUUCAGG